CUGAUAAGGACCCAUGGGACGGUCGGCGGGAGCUGGGGUUCUUCAUCACGGUUAGCAAGCUGGCGCUGCGUGAAGUGGCUAACCUGGACUCAUCUCAGGAGCUGGCGAAAGUGCAGGCAAACCCUCCGCCGCCCGUGCCACAGCUGGCAGCCCUGCUGUGCCUGACCCUGGACCCGAACACCGGUCUGAUGGCGGUGUGGCAGCGCGCCCCGCCCGGCCUGCGGGCCACCACCGCCGGCCUGGCGGAGGCGCUGGCGUUGGCGGCACGGGCAGCAUGCAUGCUGGCGGCGCUGCUGCUGCUGCGGGCGGUGGAGGCGCCAGGAGGCGUUCAGGAGGACCCAGAAGCGACUGAGGCAGCACUGAAGCUUGCCGCCGCCGGCUUGUUCGCUCUGACUGCGCUGUACGGCAGGGUACCGGCGGCAGCAUUGCUGGCGGCGCAACCGCACCGGCUGCUUGCGGCGCUGGGGGUGCUGCUGGGAUGCAUGCCACCGCCGGACGACUGGACAGCAGAGGAGCUGUCUUCAUCGGACGAGGAGGAGGGGGCGGAGCUAAGCGACCACGCGUCGUCAUCGGACGAGGAGGAGGAGGCAGGGCUAAGCGACCACGCGUCGUCAUCGGACGAGGAGGAGGAGGCAGGGCUAAGCGACCACGCGUCGUCAUCGGACGAGGAGGAGGGGGCGGAGCUAAGCGACCACGCGUCGUCAUCGGACGAGGAGGAGGGGGCAGAGCUAAGCGACCACGCGUCGUCAUCGGACGAGGAGGAGGGGGCAGAGCUAAGCGACCACGCGUCGUCAUCGGACGAGGAGGAGGAGGCAGGGCUAAGCGACCACGCGUCGUCAUCGGACGAGGAGGAGGGGGCAGAGCUAAGCGACCACGCGUCGUCAUCGGACGAGGAGGAGGGGGCAGAGCUAAGCGACCACGCGUCGUCAUCGGACGAGGAGGAGGGGGCAGAGCUAAGCGACCACGCGUCGUCAUCGGACGAGGCGGCGGAUGUGUUCAAGGCAUCACCAGAUGCUGCUGACGAGAUGGAAGGCUGCCUGCGCCAGGGUAACAAGGCCCUGUUACAAGUUACGAAACUGCUGGCGGCAAUCCUUGGAGAGGUGCAGGAGUGCAACACAGAAGCCGCAGACGGCUCACAGGCUGUGUCCCUGCGCUCACAUGCAUUGGCCCUGCUGGGUUGGCCGGCGGAGGCGGCAGGUGUGCCGGCGGCCGCUGGUGCCGCGUUGAGCAGCGCCGGUGCGAUGCUGCUGGAGGGGCUCGCGGGCUGGGACACGGACGAGGCGCGUGCGCUGCGGGCGAUGUGGCGGGCGGCGGCCGCAGCGGAUGGGGGCUCGCUGCUGGACUGUGUGGCGCAGCGGCUGCGGGGCGACGGAGGCGGUGGGGAUAGCGGUGGCAGCGACAGUGGCAGCGGUGAGCGGCUCGAUGGUAGCGCGCUGGCAGAGGUAGAGGCGGAGGUGGGUGAACGCGGCUGUGAUGGCGGAGGCGUCAGCCAGUGCCACGGUGACACUACGGAAAGCAGCGGCAGCGGAGGUGGGGCAGGAGGUGGGGCAGCAGUCACGGUGGUGCUGCCGCCGCCAGUGGCAGUGCCGCCGGUGCGCGGUGUGUUGCGGAUGUGCGCCAACCCGAGGUGCGGCAACUACGGCGGCGCAUGCGAGUGCGAUCUGCGGCUGCGGAGGUGCGCCGGCUGCCGUGCCGUACAGUACUGCAGCGUGGAGUGUCAGAAGCAGCACUGGCAGGAGGGCGGGCACAAGCCGGACUGCUGGGCUUGCAAGGGGCUGGUCUCACAGGGCUGACCUGUAGGUGUUUAUUUCCGUUGGAGCUGGGUGCAUGUGACUAUGGGGGGGAGGCGGGCGCAUGCCACUUGCAUCCUUCCAGUUGGAUGUAUGCAUGCGGGCGAUCGGGCGGGGCUCUGACGAAGGCUGCGUGCAGUUGGGAUCCCAUGGCGCGUUGCAAGCGGCAGGAUGUGGUACACUGUUCCCCAGCUGCACACUGUGAACGUGCUGUUGUGAGUGAACGGGGUGGCAAGAUGCAUCGGGUGCUGCAGGUGUAAAUUCCUUUGAACGCAGCAACUUGCGGGGCAAUGUUGCAGAGAGUGUAGCGGGACACGUUGCUGUGUGCAAGUGGUAUAUUGAUGCGAAUUUUCUUCCCGUAGCAGCAUACGACAUCAAAUGAUUCGGUUUAAUAUUUUUAUACACGUUCAGCUGUAUCAGGUAUAGCACGUGCUCGAUUGCAGUGGGGUGGGCAGCAUGGGGCUUGUCCAAAGUGAGAUCUUUUGCAACUCUGAGGGCUGGUGUUGCAGGUCUGACCUUUGGUUUAACACAUGAUGCACAACGGUUGCAUUUCACCUACUGGUGUCCAGCACUGGCAGUAUGGCUUCCUAACGCUUUUGCGAGAUUCGAUGCUGGAAUAUCUGACUAUUUCGUUUAGUGUUAGGAGUGUAGAUAGCCUACCAACGGCUAUAAUGGAACAUCCAUACUGCGAGUGCAGGGUGUUGUUGCUGUCGUUGGAACAGCGCGUGAAACGCGAGUGCAGUGUGGGUUUCCGAGUGAGGGAAGCGGUGCGGUGGUGUCGGCUUGUGGUAGCUGGGUAGCUGCAUGCGGCUCCCGUGCACCCACAUGCCAUGUAUGAAUGGCUGCGAUGUAGCCUUUCCAAUGGUGCGGGAGUUGUACAGGAAUUAUGUGAAUGACAGCGCAAUUAGCAGCGUUUGCUGGGCCAUUCUUUAGGUGUCGCAGUCAUACGGUACCGCAGACAGUGAUACUGCGGAGGGUGCUGCAGGUGAGUCGUGGGUGACUCAGUGGCGGACCAGUAGGGAGCCCGGGGUGCGGUUUUAGGUUGGGGCUCCGUGCCCCCUUGCUGGCAAGGUUGUCACUUAACAGCGCUUAACUCUCAUGAUCUAUACGACAUCAUCUGUGGUCCGUUGAGAGAGCGCUCGGUUUUGCUUCCUUUGCUUAAACCGUCACAACCUGCAACAUAGGCUUACUACAUGGCUGGGCCAUGCAUCCUGCAGGCAGCCAACUGGCGAACUAGACCUUGACCCCAGUCCUCAUCACAAACCGGUGUCGGUCCUUUCUAUGGUCUUAAUCCUGAUCCAACCUCUAUGCAUCACAAGCCAGGAGUGUAGACGCUGUACGCC